ACCAAGCCAUCUUUGUUCCCUUAAUCCGAGCGUCUAUUUUUUAUGUGUACGUAGUGACACGGAGGACACUAGCGGUAUAGCGGUCCUGCCAUAAUAAUUAAGCAUAGGCGAGGUGCAGCAGAAACGAACCACACCGAAUUGUGAUAGCGAGAUCAAAAGCGCAUCUUCACUGUAAACAUAAUCACCCCCGUAUUUAGAACCAGCAGAGGACAGAGUCGGUCUGAGGAGAAGGAGAGUGAAGAAAAAACGGUUCAGACAAUCCUCAAUUCAGCCAUUUAAACCUACAUUCCGGUUGGACUCGCAUACACUAAUAAUCCGCAAUAAGAGAUGUCUGCCCCGGCCCCUGCCGCUGCCCCCGCCGCUGGAGAGGCACCCCAGCCCCCUCCCAACCUCACCAGCAAUCGCCGCCUGCAGCAGACCCAGGCCCAGGUGGACGAGGUUGUGGACAUCAUGCGUGUGAACGUGGAUAAGGUUCUGGAGAGGGAUCAGAAGCUGUCGGAACUGGACGACCGGGCCGAUGCACUGCAGGCUGGGGCUUCCCAGUUUGAAACCAGCGCCGCCAAGCUGAAGAAUAAGUACUGGUGGAAGAAUGCCAAGAUGAUGAUCAUCCUGGGAGUGAUAUGUGUGAUUGUCCUCAUCGUUGUCAUCGUCUAUUUCAGCACCUAAGAUGGAUGGUGCCUCUACAAUAGUCAGCAUUCAUGACCACCCAACACCCAGCAACAGAAAACCCUACAAAAAGACCCUACAAAAAAGAGAAGAAAAAAGACAAAUAACCACCGACUGACCUGCUAAUUUACUGCCCCCCACCAGAUCUUAAAUCUGCCCCCAGCCCCCAGCCCCAGCCCAUCUUCCCCCCCAAACCCCCCCUCAGCUUUGGGCUCCUGUUCCCUUUGUCCUGUGGGUCUGUGCUCUUCUUUCUUGUAAAUAGUUCCUGCUUUUCUUAUCUAUAGUUAUAUUGUUCUGAUUAAUCACAUUAUUAUUACCAACAACAACAACAACAAAACCAAGACCAAGGCGAUUAUUGUUAUAUACAGG